GUUUUCUUCCUGCUCUCCCAAGGGAGCUCGUCACCAACUUCAUCCCUUCUCUUCUUCGCCCUUCUGCCUGUUUUUGAAUUCCAUUCCCUCUCCUGCAGCGGGCUAGCACCACGGGGACCAAGCCUAAAGGUUAUUAGUUACUCGCUACGCUAUCCUCCAUGGCCGACCACAGCCCUCCUCCCUCUUCCGCGGCCCCGUCCGGGCCAUCGGGCCCGUUAGGGGGCUUCGGCUUCCCAAUCUCGGGCCCUGCCGCCACGCUCGGCGCCCUGCCGGCUUCGGUACCGUAUUAUCCUUACCUGCUAGCCGCCGGGCUGGCCGUGCUGUUUCUCUUCUGGCACCAGCCUCUAUCGUCGUCGUCGACGUCCAAGUUCCCACAUUAUCGGAAGCUAUAGAGCUUCCAAGCGUAUUAGCCACACGUUUGCCACAGCUAUAUAAGGCUGUUCAACGCAUUAGCUAGUCCCUUUGUCUAUAAAUACCACUCGUUUUGUCUCCUUUGUAGAUAGCUUGAACAAGGCACUCUUUCCUUCGUACAGCUACCUACUAUAGACACUACUUUCAAUGCUCUAGGAAGCUUAUCACUACAUUUAGUAGUUAUAAGCCCGGUGCCUUAACUACUCC